AUGGAACAUCUAUCAAAGCCCAUCAAUUUGGGAUUUCCUCAAGACUAUUCUACUUUUUGCAAAUCUCCACUAGCUUUUGUUGUCGUAACUUCUCUACUGGGAGUUGUGGACCAACACCUUCUGAAGCCCAAUCCAGUCUUCAAUAAUGUUAUUGAUGAUCCAAAAAUAGCCUUGUUGUCCAAAAAGAUCUGCAGCUCUCUGCGAUACGUGCUGGAGAAAUUAUGGGAGAUACAAACGGUAGAUGAAUCUCAGCUGGAUGCGAAAAUCAGAGAUGUAGCUGUUGAAGCAGAAGCUAAAAUCGAAUCAAAACUCAGAGAGGUAUAUUUGGCUACCAGCAGCAAAGGAGAUCACGAGGCCACUUCUCGUGGGCUUCGUGAGACCCUGCAAUACGUUGUGGAAGACAUUGAAUCGCUUGAAGCCCAGAUCAAGAUUCAGAAGGAAUUCGAAGUCAAAAGCCUCCCCCUUAAAGAGCUUUCAUCAACUCCGGCAGAGGCUGUAAAGGCAGAAAGCACCGUGAUUUCUUGCUCCUCCUACCACAAUUUGGCUCUUGGAAAUGAAAUGAUAGGACGCGAUGUUGAAUUUCAGAAGAUAUUGGACUUGAUUUUGCAUAUUCGACGGUCUGAUGAAGUCAUUGCGGUUACUGGGAUGGGCGGUAUUGGAAAGUCGACUUUGGCACAAAGAGUUUACGAGGACCCAGCAAUCAGAUCGCACUUUGACAUUUGUGCAUGGACUGUCUUGUCGCAGCAGCACAAUGUAAAAGAGAUACUCCUUUGCCUUUUAGGGCAAAUGUGCAUUGGAAUAUACACGACAGACGACAAUGAGGAGCAGCUAGCAAACCAACUGUUCAAAAGCUUGUUUCGUCGAAGGUAUUUGAUUGUUGUAGAUGACGUAUGGAGUACUCAGGCAUGGGAUGACAUCAAACCAUAUUUUCCAAAUUCAAUAAGUGGGAGUCGAAUCCUGAUGACAACUCGAUUAGUGGAAGUGGCUUCAUAUGCUACCUCAUCACAAUCAUUUGUUUUCCGUAUGCCUUUUCUAAAUCUGGAUGAAAGCUGGAAACUACUUGUCAGGGAAGUGUUUAAAAGAAGAGAUUGUCCACCACCAGAUGAAUUUGAGUCAAUUGGGAGAAAAAUUGUUAAGAGAUGUGGUGGAUUACCAAUUUCAAUUAUACUGAUUGCUGGAAUUCUGGUCGGCCGGCUCAACAUGUCACCACAUGAGUCGUGGAAUGAUUUUGCUCCAACUAUUAAUUCAGCUUUAAUGGAAGUGGAAUCUUCUGGUCACACAAGCAUAUUUGCAUUGAGCUACAAACAUUUGCCAGUUCACUUGAAAGCCUGUUUUCUAUAUUUAGGAAUAUUUCCAAUGGGCAGUGUCAUCUAUGUCAAGAAAUUGAUAAAGUUAUGGGUGGCAGAGGGAUUUUUAGAGCCAAAGAUGCAUAAUGGUUUGGAAGAGGUAGCAAUGAAUUACUUGAAUGAUCUUAUUGACAGAAAUCUAGUUCUAGUUGUGAAGCAAAAUUAUGAUAAAAAGGUCAAGUCAUGUAAGCUCCAUGAUUUGGUACAUGACUUUUGCUUGAGAAAAGCACAAGAAGAGAACAUGGUGGUUGUUAGUAAUGAUGAUCUGGCAGGAACUCGGUCGGACACAAAACAACCGAAACUAGGUUGUCGUUGGAUAAGUUGUCAAUCCCGCCGCUGGCCAUUUACUAGAUCAAGUUCUUUGAAUUACACACAGGGCAAAAUCCAUUCCAUUCUCUAUUUUGGUAAAGAUUUACACCCUAAAAAAUGCAGGUUGAUGUUUCAAUGUCUCGAAUUGCUAAGAGUACUGGACUUAUCUUCAAUACAAUACUCAAAUGGCAUGCCCAGUGAAAUUGUGAAUCUGAUUCAUUUGAGAUAUUUGGCAUUAACCACUGUAGGUUCUCUUCACAACUCUCAAUUGUUUAAGCUCCAAAGCUUGCAAACUCUCAUUCUGCUUUCAUGGAAGGAAGGGUUUCAUUUUCAAUUGCCAUGUGAUAUUUUGGAUUUGCCUUGGUUAAGACAUGUACACAUUGACAAGGGAUCUUCACUCUAUCUCCCAAACUCAAUUCAAGGAAAUCUGCAAACUCUUUUUUGGUUGAAAGUUACUAGUUGGGAUACAAAAACACCAGACUUCAAAAUGGUUCCAAACUUGAAGGAAUUGGGAAUUUACAUUGAAGGUGGAGUGUCGUCUAAUGCACUUGAUAGUUUUACUCAGCUACAUCAACUUGAGAAGUUAAAAUUUGAAGUGAGAGGGGUUGACCACUUUAAUCUCCCAGUUUCUUUUCCAUCAAGUAUCAAGAAGUUGACCUUUUGUAAAACCGAUCUUCCAUGGGAGAAAAUGGAUAUUAUUAGCAAGUUACCCAUUCUUGAAGUACUCAAAUUGAAAGAUUUUGCCUUCCGUGGCUCAAAGUGGGAUGCAUCCGAGGAGGAGUUUACAAAUUUAAAGUUUUUCCUCAUUGAACGUUCUGAUCUCAAACAUUGGAAAGCAAGUUCUGAUAACUUCCCAGGUUUGAAGCACCUAGUCCUAAAAAACUGUUGGGACUUGGUAAGCAUUCCAAGUGAAUUUGCUGACAUUUACACGCUGGAAUCGAUUGAGUUAGAAAGUUGUUGUUCUUCCCUUGAGAUGUCUGCAGAGGAAAUUAAAGAUGAAGUACAGGACUGGGGGGGUGAUUUACUUGUUCGUAAACUUGGAAUUAAGGACAAAACGCCAGAAGAAGAAAGUGAAACUGAGGAAGAAGACAGCGAGGGAUCUGAUGAUGUUAACUAAAACAUUACUGAUCUAAGGAAGAUGAAGGUGAUCUCUGGCAACCAACAAAGCUAUGAAAAUGGUGUGUUUUGUAGAGGCUAAUGUUGCAACUUAUAAAGUUGUUUGUUUGUCUAUCUUUUCAAUAUUGUGGUUCGGUCUCUUGGGAUUUAUU